GUUAUAAACCCUUUCCUUUUUACAAACCCCGCAAAAUCCCCAAUAUUUAGGGUUUAUAAUAAACGCGAAAUUGGAGUUCAACUCGAGGGGUAUAAAGUAUAAACCCACCGGAGAAAUGGACGAUUGUGACAAUCCAAGCACUCAAUCUCACCGUUCAAUUAGCGCCGGUACAAUUCGCCGGAUAAAGUUGGAGAAUUUCAUGUGCCAUAGCAAUUUGGAGAUUGAAUUCGGCGAUUAUGUCAAUUUUAUCACCGGCCAAAAUGGGAGUGGGAAAAGUGCGAUUUUAACUGCAUUAUGUGUCGCUUUUGGGUCCCGAGCUAAGGCUACUAAUCGAGCUUCAAGUUUGAAAGAUUUUAUUAAGACUGGUUGCAGUUAUGCUUCUGUGCAGGUGGUACUAAAGAAUGAAGGGAUGGAUGCUUUUAAACCAGAAUCUUAUCGUGAAAGUAUAAUUAUUGAGCGCAGGAUAACAGAGUCAUCUAGUUCACUUGUCCUUAAGGAUAACCAAGGCAGGAGGGUUUCCUGCAAGAAAGAAGAGCUUCGCGAACUUGUAGAGCAUUUUAAUGUAGAUGUUGAGAAUCCGUGCGUAAUCAUGACUCAAGACAAAAGCAGAGAAUUUCUACAGUCAGGAAGUGCUAAAGACAAGUUUAAAUUCUUUUUCAAGGCAACUCUUCUUCAGCAAGUUGAUGAACUAUUGCGAGGAGUCGAACAAGCCUUAGAGACUGCCGAUGAGUUGGUCCAAGAGUUGGAGAAAUCUAUUGAGCCUGUUAUCAGGGAGCUCGGUGAAUUGCAAGAUAAAAUUAAAAAAACAGAGCGUGUUGAAGAAUUAUCAGGGAGAGUAGAAAGGAUGAAGUUUAAGUUGGCUUGGUCGUGGGUCUAUAAUGUAGACAAGGAGCUACUGAAACAAAGUACAGAGGUUAAGAAACUGAAAUCGCAACUUCCAGCCUGCCAAGCAGAAAUAGAUCAGAGACUUGAAAAGAUUGAAGAGUUGAAGAAAAGUAAAGCUGAUAUGAAAAUUCGUCUUCAGGAAUUGAAGCAGAAAACAUCAGAGGUCAAUAGAUUGAGGGAUGAGUUGCAGGAAAAUAUUUCUGUGGCAACCAAAUCUAUGAUGGAACUAGAGCAAGAAUAUCACCGGAAAAUGAGCGACGUUCAGAAGAUGAUGAAGCAUGUGAUGUCCCUUGAGCGGCAGGUUAAUGAUAUAAAGGAGCAAAAUAUGCGGAACACUCAGGCCGAAGAAUCUGAGAUGCAGGAGAAACUGGAAGCACUUCAAGAUGAAGUAAAUACUGCUAAUGCAUUGUUGACAAGGCUGAAGGAAGAUGAGACAGCCUUGUCAGAAAGCUUGAAUGCAAGAGAAAUAGAAGUGAAAAAGAUAAGGGAUCAGGUUGAUGAACAUGAAAAAAAGCUGCGUGAUGUCAACUCCUAUAUUAAGGAGCUACAAAAAAAUCAAGCUAACAAGGCUACUGCUUUUGGUGGAGAUAAGGUUUCUCUUCUUCUGCGCAUAAUAGAGUCACGGCAUCAUGAAUUUCAAAGACCGCCUAUUGGUCCCAUUGGUUCCCAUGUGACUUUGACUCAAGGAGAUCUAUGGGCGUUUGCGGUUGAAAAUGCUGUUGGAAGAUUACUAGAUGCUUUCAUUGUGACAAACGUCAAAGAUUCACAUAUACUGAGGUCUUGUGCCCGACAAGCAAAAUAUAGUCACCUUCAGAUCAUCAUAUACGAUUUCUCAAUUGAGAGGUACAACAUUCCACAUUACAAACUUCCUCAAACAAGACACCCUACUACCCUUUCUGUUUUACACUCAGACAAUGCAACAAUUAUAAAUGUGUUGGUGGAUAAGGGUGGUGCAGAGAGGCAAGUUCUUGUUAAGGACUAUGACACAGGCAAAGCUGUUACUUUUGAAGAAAGGGUUUCAAACUUGAAGGAGGUUUACACUUGUGAUGGCUUUAGAAUGUUUUCUCGUGGAUCAGUCCAAACCAUUCUUCCUCUAAAUCAAAGAACUAGAACUGGACGGCUCUGUAGUUCAUAUGAAAAUCAAAUUAAGGACCUUGAAAAAGAAUCAUUGUACAUGAAAGAACAAUUCCAAAAAGGCCACCAAAUGAAAAGAGUUGCGGAGGUAGAAGUACAAGAUCUUCAACAAAAAUUUCAAGAUGCCAAGAGGAGAUGCUCAUCUGCGGAACGGGAGUUGGGGCGAAAGAAGUUUAAUGUUGACGCGUUGAAGCGUGCAUAUGCAGCUGAAGCUGGCGGGCUUAAUGUGUCUACUGUGGAUGAGCUUUGUGAGGAUAUAUCGAGAGCCCAAGCUGAAAUACAAGAAAAGGAAAGCAUCCGUGACGUAAUCCAAGUGCAGAUGAAUGAAACUCAAGAGAAAACCAGAGAACUGAAAGCAUCUCUAGAGAACUUGCAUGAAUCUGCAAGAGAAGACCUCACUGCUUUCCAUGAUGCUGUAAAAGAAUACGAAGCUAUAGACAAGGAGCUAGAUGGUGUAGAGAUGGAUAAAAACUAUUAUGAAAAAUAUCAAAAUGAGAAGAUUUUACCUGCUAUCAAAGAGGCAGAAGCAAGAUAUCAGCAGCUUGAACAGAAACGCCAGGAUAGUUAUGAGAAAGCAUCCUUCCUGUGCCCCGAGAAUGAGGUUGAAGCUAUUGAAGGCUCUAAAGAGGAGACCCCUGAGCAGCUCAGUGCUCACCUGAGCCGAAUGAUUCAAAAACUCGAGCAUGCAAGGGAUAUAUUUACAGAAUCAAUUGAUGACCUGCGAAAUUUAUAUGAGAAGAAGCAGUGUAAAAUUUUGACGAAGCAAAAGACUUAUGAAAAUUUUCGAAACCAGUUACAGGACGCCAAAAGAGCUUUAGUAACACGGAGGAAAAAGUUUGACAGGAGUGCUUGUUUAAUGAAGCGCCAAUUGACAUGGAAUUUUAAUGGAAAUCUGGCGAGGAAAGGGAUAAAUGGUCAUAUAGACGUGGACUACAAAGGAAAGACUCUCUCCAUUGAGGUUAAGAUGCCACAAGAUGCAUCUAGGACUACCGUUACGGAUACCAGAGGACUAUCAGGCGGGGAGCGUUCUUUUUCAACAUUGUGCUUCGCAUUAUCCCUCCAUCAGAUGACUGAAUCCCCUUUCCGGGCAAUGGAUGAAUUUGAUGUAUUUAUGGAUGCGAUCAGCCGGAAAAUUAGUCUAGACACCUUGGUUGAUUUUGCAUUAUCACAUGGAUCACAGUGGAUGUUCAUCACCCCUCAUGAUAUCAGUAUGGUGAAACAAGACGACCGAGUUAAGAAGCAGCAGAUGGCAGCUCCUCGUUCUUGAUCGCAGUGUGCCUGGACUCUGGCAGUCUUGUAUAGGGGGUGUUGAUUACCGAAUACCAUAACUAUGUACUAGCGGGAAUUUGGUAUCCGUUUAUUCAACAAAGCAGCCCAUGACCCGACCCAGUUUCCAGUCGUUAUGAAAAAAUCAUUUUAAUACCUGGUUAUUUUGUACAGGGUCAGUGGGUCGACGUGUCGGGUUUUUCUGAACACCCCUAGUUUUGUACAUACAAAGUAAUUAUUUUGCUAAUCCUAGUGUUUCAUCCUGAUCAUUUCAUGUGAUGCUUUUCAUUUUUCAUUUGGUAUUUAACUAGGAUUCAUUUUGUAUUUAACUAGGAUUCAUUUUGUAUUUAACUAGGUUCAAUUAGGACUUAACUAGUCUCCUUUUUGUAUUUUCGAUUGCUAUCCUAGCUCUUCACUCUUAGGACCAUGGAUGAGAUUCAAGAAAAUGUUUGUAUGUAUCUCUUAUUUAGUUAUUUAUCCUACAUAUUUGAAGUUUAAUGCUUGA